UUACCAAGCAGAGGAUUAAAUGUAAACCUCUCUUUAAACAUUGAGUGGUUUUCAGCUGUCAGUAUGGGACGGGCUUCCACAGCAUGUCUGCGGCUCCUGCGGGGUGCUUCUACUCAAAAGUAGCGACCUGCGCCACCGCUGCCGGCGCGCAGAGCAGCUGCUGCGACAGUACACACACACGAUAACAACAGACUUCAUUCGAACCAUAGACAGAGUAGCCAACAAGCUUACCCUCCAUCUCACCAUCACCAAACUCGACACAGAAACACAACUUGACACAAAAUCUCAACUCGACACAGAAACCCAACUCCAUGAACUAAAACUCGACACAGACUUGAAACCGGAUGAUAAAGACGAUACUGACGAAAAUGAUUCGCAAACAUCAGUUUUCUGCGAACCUGAAAUAUAUGUGAACGAUGUCAAAUAUUCAGAAAUCGCGACAGACAUAGAUUUAACCAAUCAUAUGACAUUAAGGAAGAGAGUUAAGACUAAAAGAGAAAAAAGAUUAAAGAAACGAAACAAAAGAAGGGUUUCAAAUGGUUUUUCAGUACGGAAGAAGAUUAUGUGAAGUUUGAAAGUAAGUAUAAUAUAAAAGUGGUUAAAUUGAAUGAAGAGGAACAGAGACGGGAGAUGGAGGCGAGAAGAGAGUCAGAGAACUAUAGACACGCGCAUGUGCGGUGCGAGAAGUGUUGUAAGGGGUUCUUGUCUAUGAUCACGUUUGAGAACCAUAACAAAAUACAUGAUCCGAGUACAGGCGCGAACGAGUGCCCUCUAUGUUUCUCGAGGUACAAGUUCCCUACACAUCUGCGACAGCACGUGGUAGAGAGCCACGCGCAUAAAUAUGUGUGCAAAGUGUGCGAGCAGGUCAUACGGCGGCGGAGCGCCGCUAUGUUGCACUCUGCUUUCCACGCGGGCAGGACCUUCGAGUGCAAAUAUUGUGGACGGACCUUCAAGAAAUCGUCCACACGAUAUACUCACAUGCGCAUCCAACAUCCUGGCGAGAACGCGUCCGGCGGUGCCUGCGAUGUGUGCGGAGAGACGUUCACUGGAGCCCUAGGGCUCCAGCAGCAUAAGACACGGAAACACAACAAGCCCGCAGUGCCAGAGCUGAAGUGCAGUAUCUGCCAAGUCCAGUUCGCAAGCCUGGACGCCGUCGCGAGACAUACUGACACAACUCCUGGCAACGUCUGCGAUCCUAGUCUCAAAGCGUGCUCCGUGUGUGGCGAAACGUUCCCCGAGGAAUCCCGCCUGGCUACACACUGCUCCUCCCACGCCGAGACGCGAUACAAGUGCGAUGAUUGUAACCAACCGUUCGAAACCAAGUCGUCUCUCAGCACCCACAUCGACCGCGUCCACUUGAAGAUAAAACCACGCUACAAGCUAAUAUACAAGUACAGUGCGACGCGACGCGCCCAGCUAGACGAAUACAUGUGCGAAACCUGCGGGAAGGGGUAUACGAGUUUCGCGAACCUGAAAACUCACCAGCUGCGUCACACGGGGGAGCGCCCCUUCCCUUGCCCGCAGUGCCCUAAGAGCUUCCUCACCGCCGCUCAAGCCAAGGGCCACAAGGAGCGGGUGCACGCGGGGAUAAAGAAGUACCAGUGUGCGCAGUGCCCCAAAACAUUUCUGGACAAGAGCUCCGUCUACAAACACAAAGUGGUACACACAGGUGAAAAACCAUACGAGUGCCAAAUCUGCAACAAGACGUUCACGCAAUCAGGUUCGUUGUCAACUCACAUCAAGUACGUGCAUAUGAAAGUGAAGCCGCCGCCGCGGCGCCGGCGCGGGCUCGCUGCCAGCGGAGUGUAACAUAACCAUAUUACUGCGAAAGUUGUAACUAAACCUCCACCCCUCACAGCAUGUAAUAAUCAUACAUCGGGGUUUUGGGAGCGGGAAUGAAUUUGUGUAUUUGUACAUACAUACAUACAAUCACGCCUGUAUCCCAUAAAGGGGUAGGCAGAGCACAUGAAACUACUAAAGCUUCAGGGCC